GUUUACAUUUUUACUGAAUUCUAUUUUCACAUUGUUAGAUAAACAUUAGAUGACGAAAAACUCUGAAUGCACAUCCGAAGUAGAUGUAACCUCAAAAAAGGGAAAACAAAAUCCUACGAAUGAAGAAAACAUGCAACAGUCUUUAGUAGAUGAGAAUGAAAAACCCAAGGAGGUCAUGUCGCGUGCACAGCGCCGCAAGCUCAAGAAAUAUCCUGUAGUAGUCACGUCCCAAAUGAAGGAAAAAGCACGUGAGGCAAAGCGUGAGCUACGCAAAUACUUGCGUAUGAUUAAGUCCAACGGAGGGCGGCGUAAGGUGGCGAAGCUAGCUGAAAAGCGUAGACGUGAUGUUGAUGACAAUGAAGAAGCGAUUAAUGCGUUUGACUUCGAUCAUAGGCCGCUUAAGAAAGGAAGGCGCUUGGAGUAGGUAAUAAAAGGAUGAUAUUAGGUUUUAUUUUCAUCGAGAUACAAGAUGAAGAGUAAGUAUAUUGGGUGAUACUACUAUCUACAUGUCAUUAUUAUUAACUUUGAUUAAUAUAAUCAAAGUAAUAGUAACUUAAAAAUGAAUGAUUCUAAAA